AUGGCCUCGUCAUCAACUACUGCGCAGCCAACCUACGAGCUGCCAUGGGUCGAAAAGUACCGCCCGGUCAAGCUCGACGACGUCGUAGGCAACCGUCCAACAAUUGAGCGCCUCAAGGUCAUCCAAGAGGACGGCAAUUGCCCGCAUCUCCUCAUCUCGGGCCUUCCUGGUAUCGGUAAGACGACGAGCGUCCACUGCCUUGCCCACGGUCUCCUCGGCGAUGCAUACAAGGAGGGAGUUCUCGAGCUCAACGCCAGUGAUGAGAGAGGAAUCGAUGUCGUCCGUAACAAGAUCAAGAACUUUGCCCAAAAAAAGGUCUCCCUCCCUCCGGGCAAGCAUAAGCUCAUCAUCCUCGACGAAGCGGACAGCAUGACAACGGGCGCGCAACAAGCCUUGCGCCGCACAAUGGAGAUCUACAGCAACACGACGCGCUUCUGCCUGGCCUGCAACCAAUCCAACAAAAUCAUCGACCCCAUCCAAUCCCGUUGCGCAAUCCUGCGCUACUCCAAGCUGAGCGACGAAGAAGUCAUGAAGCGUCUUCUCGAGAUUUGCUCGAUUGAGAAGGUCGAGUACACCGACAAUGGACUAGAGGCGCUCGUCUUUACCGCGGAAGGCGAUAUGAGGCAGGCGAUCAACAAUCUACAGAGUACUUGGACGGGGCUGGGACUGGUCAAUGCGGAUAACGUCUUCAAGGUGUGCGAUCAGCCUCAUCCGAUUGACAUUCGAAAAAUGUUGAUGGCGUGCUACAAGGCGGAUGUGGACGAGGCGAUGGAGGUGCUGGACAAGGUUUGGAGCGCCGGGUACGCGGCGGUGGAUAUUAUCGGGACGCUGUUCAAGGUCGUCAAGGUGAUGGACGCGAUUCCUGAGGCGGUCAAGCUCGACUUCAUCAAGGAGAUUGGCUGGACCCACAUGCGAAUCCUCGAGGGAGUCUCUACGGUCAUCCAGCUCGGCGCCUGCCUCGCUCGUCUCUGCAAGCUCCAAAUGGACCCAGUCGCCUUUGAAGCAGUCAAGUUCUGAGCCGGUGGCAGAGCGGCGUAGCGGAGAGGGAGCGAGCAGGCGGC